AUGCUUCCUCUCUUGAUCAAGGUGCUUCCUCUCUUCAUCAAGAUGCUUCCUCUCUUCAACAAAGUGCUUCCUCUCUUGAUCAAGAUGCUUCCUCUCUUGAUCAAGGUGCUUCCUCUCUUCAUCAAGAUGCUUCCUCUCUUCUUCAAAGUACUUCCUCUCUUGAUCAAGGUGCUUCCUCUCUUCAACAAAGUACUUCCUCUCUUGAUCAAGAUGCUUCCUCUCUUCAUCAAAGUACUUCCUCUCUUCUUCAAAGUACUUCCUCUCUUGAUCAAGGUGCUUCCUCUCUUCAACAAAGUACUUCCUCUCUUGAUCAAGGUGCUUCCUCUCUUCAACAAAGUGCUUCCUCUCUUCAUCAAGAUGCUUCCUCUCUUCUUCAAAGUACUUCCUCUCUUCAUCAUGCAGCUUCCUCACUCCAUCAUGCAGCUUCCUCUCUUCAACAAAGUGCUUCCUCUCUUGAUCAAGAUGCUUCCUCUCUUCAUCAAAGUGCUUCCUCUCUUCAUCAUGCAGCUUCCUCACUACAUCAUGCAGCUUCCUCUCUUCAACAAAGUGCUUCCUCUCUUGAUCAAGAUGCUUCCUCUCUUCAUCAAAGUGCUUCCUCUCUUGCUCAAGAUGCUUCCUCUCUUCAACAAAGUGCUUCCUCUCUUCAUCAAAGUGCUUCCUCUCUUGCUCAAGAUGCUUCCUCUCUUCAACAAAGUGCUUCCUCUCUUCAACAAAGUGCUUCCUCUCUUCAUCAUGCAGCUUCCUGACUACAUCAUGCAGCUUCCUCUCUUCAACAAAGUGCUUCCUCUCUUCAACAAAGUGCUUCCUCUCUUGAUCAAGAUGCUUCCUCUCUUCAUCAAAGUGCUUCCUCUCUUCUUCAAAGUACUUCCUCUCUUGAUCAAGGUGCUUCCACUCUUCAACAAAGUACUUCCUCUCUUGAUCAAGAUGCUUCCUCUCUUGAUCAAGGUGCUUCCUCUCUUCAUCAAGAUGCUUCCUCUCUUCUUCAAAGUACUUCCUCUCUUGAUCAAGGUGCUUCCUCUCUUCAUCAAAGUACUUCCUCUCUUGAUCAAGGUGCUUCCUCUCUUCAACAAAGUGCUUCCUCUCUUGCUCAAGAUGCUUCCUCUCUUCAUCAAAGUGCUUCCUCUCUUCAUCAUGCAGCUUCCUCACUACAUCAUGCAGCUUCCUCUCUUCAACAAAGUGCUUCCUCUCUUGAUCAAGAUGCUUCCUCUCUUCAUCAAAGUGCUUCCUCUCUUGCUCAAGAUGCUUCCUCUCUUCAACAAAGUGCUUCCUCUCUUCAACAAAGUGCUUCCUCUCUUCAUCAUGCAGCUUCCUCACUACAUCAUGCAGCUUCCUCUCUUCAACAAAGUGCUUCCUCUCUUGAUCAAGAUGCUUCCUCUCUUGAUCAAGAUGCUUCCUCUCUUCAUCAAAGUGCUUCCUCUCUUCUUCAAAGUACUUCCUCUCUUGAUCAAGGUGCUUCCACUCUUCAACAAAGUACUUCCUCUCUUGAUCAAGGUGCUUCCUCUCUUCAUCAAGAUGCUUCCUCUCUUCUUCAAAGUACUUCCUCUCUUGAUCAAGGUGCUUCCUCUCUUCAUCAAAGUACUUCCUCUCUUGAUCAAGGUGCUUCCUCUCUUCAACAAAGUGCUUCCUCUCUUGCUCAAGAUGCUUCCUCUCUUCAUCAAAGUGCUUCCUCUCUUCAUCAUGCAGCUUCCUCACUACAUCAUGCAGCUUCCUCUCUUGAUCAAGGUGCUUCCACUCUUCAACAAAGUACUUCCUCUCUUGAUCAAGAUGCUUCCUCUCUAA